AUGACCGACGCUUAUCAUAUGGGAAGAAAGGAGUUACUGCAGUGGAUCAAUGAAUCGUUCGGUUUUGGAUAUGAACGUAUAGAACAAACAUGUACAGGAGCUUGUGCUUGCCAAAUAGUAGAUAGUCUCUUUCCGGGAGUUGUACCAAUGUCCAAAGUAAACUUUGAAGCCAAGUUUGAUUAUGAAUAUAUUAAAAAUUAUAAAAUUCUACAGAGUGUAUUCACCAAGCUGAACAUUCCGAAGGUGAUAGAAGUUAACAAAUUAAUUAGAGGAAAAUAUCAAGAUAAUUUAGAAUUUCUACAGUGGCUUAAAAAGUUCUAUGACGACAAAUUGAAUGAAGGCACAGACGCUGGAUAUGAUGCCGUUUCGAAAAGAAAGGCUGCCAUCAAGGAAUAUAGACAAACAACAAAAACAACAACAACCAUUGCAGGAUCAUCACAAACAAAUACUAAGAAGAAGAUAGCAGCCCCUCCAAAAUCCUCUUUAUCAAUGAUGCAACUAAGAAUUGAAAACCUAGAGAGAGAAAGAGACUUUUACUUCCAAAAACUCAGAGACAUUGAAUUAUAUACACAAGCCAUUGAAGAUAAUCAAUCUGCUUCACAGGAACAACUCACCUUUAUGAGAGAUAUGCAAAAGAUACUGUAUGCAACUGAUGAGGAUUUUGCUGCUGUAGAUCAAAAUUCAGACGAUGAAAUAAUGAGUGACAAUAAUAAGGAGAAUCUCAUUUCUAACGAUGAUAUUUAA